AUUUUGACGUCAAAUUAGUGAACAAUCGCUUUUAUAGAAUUAGAUUAUUUUUCGUAACUAAAAUUAACUAAAACUAAAAUUGCCAAAAUUAUCUUUUUGGAAUAAAGGAAGAUAAAGAACGAAACAAGAAAGAAGAAAAAAUAAAUUUUUAUUAAAAAUUAAAUGUAUUUGGGAGCUUGAAAUAUGAUGACACCUAUCAUAUCAAAACAAACAGAUUCGAAAUUAAAUUAGUGAAAUUGUAGAACAAAACAAAAAAAAAUUCAAGAAAUUUUGAUCGAUAUAAUGGAGAAAACAAAAGGAGCAACAUUUUUUACUACUUCGGCUACUGAAGUUGAUGAAUCGUAUUUUUCAGAUACUCUAAAUAAAACAAAUAUACCUAAUGCAAUAUCUGGAGCUUCUAAUAAGCUAGAUAAUAAAUUUAUGGAUUUGACUAUGGAAGUCUUACAGGAAAAAUUUAAACGGGGAGAAAUUGUAUUAGCUGCCUUGGACGCUUAUCAAGUGAUUGCUAAUGAAAUGGCUGAUAGAUUACUCGCUCUUGUCUCCUCAACUGGUACUUACGGAAUAUUUUCAUUUGCAACUACAAGACUACCACCUCGUACAUUUUCUGAUUUAACUAUUGAUUGUAUAUACGCAAUUAACGAUGAUUUUCAAUUAAUUACAGAUGUUAAAGGUAAAAUUUCAAAUUUACAAUUUGAGCUUGUGACAACAUGUAGUAGAGCGAAGUUUAGUUAUUAUAUAACUAGUAUGGAUGUUUUUAAUUUAUUUUAUUCAAAAGUACAAAGUGCUCAGUUAGAUUAUAAAAGUAGAAAACAAAAAGAAAUAAUGAAUAAUGCUGCUACAACAGGGGUUGUUUUAUCACCAACAACCGUGGGUGCAAUAUCUAAUUCGGAACCGCAAACAAUCAGUUUUUCUUGGCUUGAAUCGUAUAGAACUCAAGAUUACACAGCUAUCGACAGAUAUAUUGCCGAUGGUUCAAAACCGUUAAAAAAAGGCGAAUCCAAAUUUCAAGAUGAACUAAAAAAACAUGAACAUGAAUACAUAGUUUUUAAAAAUUAUAGGAUAUAUUGUGCCACAUGGAAUAUAAAUGGGCAACCAUGUAAUGAUGAUCCCUUAAAGGCGUGGUUAGCAGCAACUGAUCUAGCACCAGAUAUCUACGCUGUAGCUUUACAGGAAAUGGAUCUGUCGCCUAAAGCUGUCACUUUUAGUGAGAGCCGACCUGAUCCUAUCUGGAUUCGAAAAUUCAAAGAUAAUUUACAUUCAGAUGCCCAAUACGAAGAGUUAACAUCUGUACGUUUGGUAGGAAUGAUGCUAUCAAUUUUUGUGAAAAAAGAACUAAGACAAAAUGUUAUAAGAUAUUCUACUCAAAGUGUCGGUACUGGAGCUUUAAAUUUUAUGGGAAACAAAGGUGGUGUUGCAGUUAGCUUGACAUUGAAUGAAGCUAGAAUUUGUUUUGUAAAUUCUCAUUUGGCCGCUCACAUGAAUGAAAUUGAACGUCGAAAUCGAGACUAUUCAGAAAUAAUGCGUUACUGUCUAUUUUCAGAACAUGAUGGUACAAAGAAGUCAAUUGAGGAUCAUGAUCAUAUAUUUUGGAUUGGCGAUCUUAAUUACCGCAUAACGGAAUAUACUGGCAUAGCAUUAAAUUAUAAUGACAAUACUUCCUUAUUCAAAUUUGAUCAACUACGAAGAGAAAUGGCAGAAUAUAACGUUUUCAAAGGUUUCACAGAAGGAAAAAUUAAUUUUCGGCCUACUUAUAAAUAUGAUCCGGGAACAGAUAAUUGGGAUAGCAGUGAAAAAAAUCGUGCCCCGGCUUGGUGUGAUCGAAUACUGUGGAAAGGGGACAAAAUAGAGCAACUGAUUUAUAACAGUGUGAUGGAAAUUCGUAUGAGCGACCAUAAACCGGUUUACGCGAUUUUCUCCACAGGGAUUAAAACAAAAGAUGAAAAGAAAUACAAACGUAUUCAUGAAGAAGUAUUGAAGCGAGUUGAUAAAUAUGAAAAUGAUAAUCAACCACAAAUAACUGUAGAAAAGACUGAUAUUGAUUUUGAUAUUGUAACAUUCAAUGAACCGAUGAUACGCGAUUUCACAGUAGCAAAUAAUUGUCACUUACCGGUCAAGUUUUCAUUUAAACCAAAAAGUGAAGUAGAUAAGAAAAAAAUUUGUGAAGAUUGGUUAACGGUUGAACCACAAAAGGGGCAUCUGAUAACAGGUACAAGUUUAAGCAUACGUAUAAAAUUAACAGUGGAUUCUCGAUUUGUAAAUCAUCUUCAUAAUAAACAAAAAAAUAGUGUGGGUAAAAUACCGCUAGACAUAUUAGUACUGCAUGUUGAAGAUGGUCGUGAUAUUUUCAUUACAAUUAUGGGAGAGUAUAAAGCAAGUUGUUUUGGUUUUUCUGUUGAAACUUUGUGCCGAAUUGAACGCCCAAUCGCUGAAUAUACUUUUAAGGAAUUGAUGGAAAUUGAAAAUUCAGUUGAAUCAUCCCAAUGUAAAGUAACAAUGCCGAGGGAAAUAUUUCUUUUGAUUGAUAAUUUGUAUAAUAACUACAAGAAUGUACCUUUACCAUUAUUUACCAUUGAUAGAAAAUAUUAUUUAAGUCCUAAUAUAAAUGAAAUUAGAGAUUGGUUAGACACAUGGUCAACAUUAGAAUUUCCUGGAACUCUUCCGACAACCGCUGAAGCAUUGCUAAUGAUAUUAGAAUCACCGGAAAAACCUCUAUUAUACCCAUAUGAGGAAGCCUUUAUGAAUGAAGAAAACUUUGAAUGUUGUAUUAUUAUCCUGAAUAAACUUUCAACACCCCGUAAAAAUGUAUUUUUACAUAUCAGUAUGUUUUUAAGAGAGCUCAUUGAACAAAAAAUGGUUAUUGCCGGAGAUAUUGCUACAAUUUUUGGUAAUAUAUUACUUAAAGGGAAAUACACACCUGGAAUGCGUGAUGAUCGUUGUAAAAUUUUUAUGUCUAAAUGGUUAAGAAGUGAUUUUACAAAUUUAGCACGAAAUCACAUUGUAUUUUAAUAUUAUGUGUAGCUUAAUUAUUAAAAUAAAAGCAAUUUAUCUUAUUUAUAAGAAA